UAUCGUGUCCGACUAAAGAGGAAAACCUUUGUCUGUUUCAGGCCCUCCACCCCCAUAUAUGACCUCAUAGAGAACAAGUACCAGCAGCUUUGGCUUGAGCAGCAGCGACAAGCAACGGAGGCCCUGCGCAUGAUGUCCAAAGAGAAGAUCCAGUUACGGAAGGUUCAGGACACAAGGACCACACAGCUGAGGAGAUACCAGCCGCCCGCAGACCCGGCUCCUCUCUGGAAGCUGCCCCAGUUUGAAAAGGUUGGUCCUCACCUUGACACCUUUCCCAGCGAGAAGGCGCGACAAAGAGCGUUCAGUGCCCACCGGUCGGACGGUAUAGCGCGGCAGGGUCUCCACGGACAGGGCAUCUAUAACAUCAGCUGAAGAUCAUAACUUCCAUCAUCCAUGCGCGGCAAAAUAAAGACAUGAGGUCACCGCUUCA